AUGAUCAAAGAUGUUAACUUGGCACCAAAGAGAAAGAAGCAUCCUAGGUUUACAUUCAUAAAUGCUUUGGUAGAUGUGCCUGAUUUUAGGGAUGUAGUGAGUAGUAGAUGGAAUGUUGAGAUAGAGGGCAAACUCAUGCAGAAGUUGUGGAAUAAGUUGAAAAUACUCCAGCCAAUCCUAAAAGGAAUGAUCAAACAUUGGACUGAAGAGCUUCUUAACAACACUGAUAUUGAAGAAAAAAUCAUGAUGCAAAAUUCCAAAGUCAACUGGUUAAAGCUUGGAGAUGGCAGCAAUGCCUACUUCCAUGCCAUUGUGAAAGAGAAAAACAAACAAAAUGGAUUGCAUAGACUGGAAAAUAAUCAGGAUAAAAUUCUUGGUGAGUUUAAAGAUAUUGAGAAUGAGAUUAUCCAAUUCUACCAGGAGCUGAUUAGAACUAAUACUCAGAAUCUCAUGCAUGUGGAUGUUGAAGUCUUAAGAAGAGCGACCCAAUUGGAAGAGAAUCAUAGAGAGUAG